CUAAAACUCAAAAAAAAAAUGUUUUCCCUUUCAAAAAUGCCUUCAACAACAUCAGUUCUAUCAGCAUAUACAACUUUAACUGCUUCAGCAGUUCUAGUUAGAACUUUAGUCUCUGAAGUUCAAAACAUGACAAACCAACUUAUACCCAAAAAUCUCCAAGACAAAAUAUUGUCUAAAGUUGGAAUCUUUAUAGGAAAUAUUUCUUCCCAAAUUACCCUCAUCAUUGAAGAAAACAACGGGAUCACUCCAAAUGAAAUAUUUGAAGCUUCUAAACUAUACUUAGGGACUAUAGUGUCCUCUUCAGCACAAAGAGUCAAAGUCUCCAAAGCAGAGAAAGAAAAGAAAUUUGCAACCAACAUUAGCAAAGAUGAGAAAAUCAUUGAUAUAUUUGAAGGAGUUGAACUCAUUUGGGAGUUGAAAGUUGUGGAGAGUCAGAAGACAAAUUGUGAUGAUGGCUAUUUUUCUUUAGAUAAAGUCGAAAAGAUAUGGUAUGAACUCAGUUUUAUUAAGAGUUACAAGGAAAUGGUGAUGAAAACUUAUUUGCCAUUUGUUCUUGAAAGAUCAAAAGCUAUAAAAGAGGAAAACAAGGUGAUAAAACUUUCUCCACUUGGGAGUUAUGGUGGAGAAUGUGUGAAUCUUGAUCAUCCAUCGACUUUUGAUACACUAGCAAUGGAUCCUGAAGAGAAGAAGAAAGUUAUAGAUGAUUUACAAAGAUUUGUUAGGAGAAGAGAUUACUAUAGAAGAGUUGGCAAGGCAUGGAAAAGGGGAUAUUUGUUGUAUGGACCACCAGGAACAGGCAAGUCUAGCUUGAUCGCAGCUAUGGCUAAUUAUUUGAAGUUUGAUAUAUAUGAUUUGGAACUUUCUAGCAUGCGUGGUAACACUGAUUUCAGAAGAAUGUUAGUCUCUAGCAACAACAAAUCAAUUAUCGUUAUUGAAGACAUUGAUUGCACCAUUCAACUACACAACCGUGAUGAUGGUGCACACAAUUACAAUGAUAGUGAAAGUCAGGUUACACUUUCUGGAUUGCUAAACUUCAUUGAUGGACUAUGGUCGAGUUGUGGAGAUGAAAGAAUAAUUGUGUUCACUACUAACUUUAAAGAAAGACUAGACCCUGCAUUGAUAAGGCCAGGAAGAAUGGACAUGCACAUUCACAUGUCCUACUGCACUCCAAGUGGAUUCAAGAUCCUUGCCUCAAACUACCUUGGCCUUGAAAAACACUACAAAUUCCGCGAAAUAGAAGAGCUUAUAACUGAAGUGAAUGUGACACCAGCAGAGAUUGCAGAAGAGCUAAUGAAAAGUGAUGAAGCAGACAUUGCACUUGAUGGACUAAUUAAGUUACUUAACAAGAAGAAAGAAGAUUGCAAAGAGAAAACCGUUGUAGAAAAUGAAGUUGACGAGAAAGUAGACGAAACGAACAAGGAAGAAAUAGAAACCAAAGAGAUGAAGAAACGUAAGGGGAAUUCAAGGAGGGGAGGAAGAAGCAAGCGUAAAAUUUACUAAGUUACUACAAAUUUACUUGUGCUAUGUACUUUUUGUAUUCUUCGUUAAUGUUUUAUAACAAUGGAUGUCAAACCAA